AUGGCAACUUACUCUAUAUUUAAUGAUAUAUUUUUUCUUUAAUAUUUAAAAAGUGAUAAUUAAAUUGGUGAUGAAGGUGCCUCAGGCUUAGGUUCUGGUUUAGCAAAGUGCAUUAAUCUCUCAAAUUUGACACUUAGCCUUGGUUGUAAUUAAAUUGGUGACAAAGGCGCUUCAGGCUUAGGUUCUGAUUUAGCAAAGUGCAUUAAUCUCUCAAAUUUGACACUUAGCCUUAGGAAAAAUUAAAUUGGUGACAAAGGCGCUUCAGGCUUAGGUUCUGAUUUAGCAAAGUGCAUUAAUCUCUCAAAUUUGACACUUAGCCUUGGUGGUAAUUAAAUUGGUGACGAAGGUGCAUCAGGCUUAGGUUCUGGUUUAGCAAAGUGCAUUACUCUCUCAAAUUUGACACUUAGCCUUCUUGAUAAUUAAAUUGGUGACGAAGGUGCAUCAGGCUUAGGUUCUGGUUUAGCAAAGUGCAUUAAUCUCUCAAAUUUGACACUUUAUCUUUAGGAUAAUUAAAUUGGUGACGAAGGUGCAUCAGGCUUAGGUUCUGGUUUAGCAAAGUGUAUUAAUCUCUCAAAUUUGACACUUAUCCUUGGUGAUACUUAAAUUGGUGACAAAGGUGCAUAAGGCUUAGGUUCUGGUUUAGCAAAGUGCAUUAAUCUCUCAAAUUUGAAACUUUACCUUGGUGAUAAUUAAAUUGGUGACGAAGGUGCAUCAGGCUUAGGUUCUGGUUUAGCAAAGUGCAUUAAUCUCUCAAAUUUGACACUUUAACUUUAUCGUAAUUAAAUUGGUGACGAAGGUGCAUCAGGCUUAGGUUCUGGUUUAGCAAAGUGCAUAAAUCUCUCAAAUUUGACACUUAAACUUGAUCGUAAUUAAAUUGGUGACGAAGGUGCAUCAGGCUUAGGUUCUGGUUUAGCAAAGUGCAUUAAUCUCUCAAAUUUGACACUUGAACUUUAUCUUAAUUAAAUUGGUGACGAAGGUGCAUCAGGCUUAGGUUCUGGUUUAGCAAAGUGCAUUAAUCUCUCAAAUUUGACACUUAGCCUUGGUGGUAAUUAAAUUGGUGACGAAGGUGCAUCAGGCUUAGGUUCUGGUUUAGCAAAGUGCAUUACUCUCUCAAAUUUGACACUUAAACUUGAGGGUAAUUAAAUUGGUGACGAAGGUACAUCAGGCUUAGGUUCUGGUUUAGCAAAGUGCAUUAAUCUCUCAAAUUUGACACUUAACCUUGAGUAAAAACAGUUUAUUUGUUUUGGAUUGUGA